UCCGGGCAGCGGACGAGUUCAAACAGACUGAAGAGUGUUUUGGGAGUUUUUGCGGUGUGCAUUUCACCUGUACUGUAUUGUUUUGACAUUAUAACGACAAGUUUUAACCAUCGUGAGGACAAAUAAAGAUUUAAUCAACCCGACGGAGGACGAAGAGCUAAUAUGGCGGAUUCAGCUGGACACAGUCCCUACGAGCGUCUGACGGCAGAGCAGAUGGAUGAACAGAGGAUCCAGAACGUGGCCUAUCAGUACCUCUGCAGGCUGGAGGAGGCAAAGAGAUGGAUGGAGGCAUGUCUGGGGGAGGAGCUUCCCCCUCCCACUGAGCUGGAGGAGGCGUUGAGAAACGGAGUCCUUUUAGCAAAACUGGGUCAUCGAUUUGCUCCGAAUGCUGUUGCUCUGAAGAAGAUCUAUGAUCCCGAACAGCUCCGGUACCAGGCGGUGGGUCUUCAGUUCCGUCACACUGACAAUAUCAACUACUGGAGAAAAGCCAUGACAACCCUCGGCCUGCCAGCGAUCUUCCACCCAGAAACUACAGACAUCUAUGACAAGAAGAACAUGCCAAGAGCUGUUUACUGUAUCCAUGCACUCAGCCUGUACCUGUACAGACAGGGUCUGGCUCCACAGAUCCACGACCUCUACGGAAAAGUCGAGUUCACAGAGGAGGAGAUCAACAACAUGAAGAUGGAGCUGGAUAAAUAUGGGAUCCAGAUGCCGUUGUUCAACAGGAUCGGAGGAAUUCUGGCCAAUGAGCUGUCAGUGGACGAAGCUGCAGUCCAUGCGGCGGUGAUCGCCAUUAACGAGGCAGUGGACAGAGGUCACGUGGAGGUCACGGCGGAGGCUCUGAGGAAUCCUAACGCCCUGCUCAGUGACCUGCAGGAGAUGCUGAUGGGUGUCUAUCAGGAGAUGCUUCAUCAGGCAAAAAGAAGGAAAAAAGGGCAGUCAGCCAGCAGGUGUGAAGGCUCAGAGGACAAAGACAUCUAUGAAGAGUUCCUCACUCAGAGAGAAAUCCAGGACAACAUCCACACUGUCAACGUCCGAUCAGCGGUGGAGCAGGUCGAUGAAGCUCUGGACUCUGCAGAUGAGCUCUCUCUGCUCUCGGCUCUGCAGCUGCCAUGUUUGGCCCUCAGGGGCCUCCAUACUGACAACGGGCCCUGGUACCUGGACCAGCUGUCGGCAGCCCGGCAGCACAAAGCCCUGGUCCAGGCCUGUGUUGAUCCUCUGGAGCCUGACGCUCUGCAGGAGGGUGUGACCAUUGCCAACCAGGAUGCUCUGAGAGAUAGGACCGCGUAUGCAGCGGUGCAGAGAGUUAAUGCGUCGCUGCGUCUCACUGACCCCAGACACACAGUCAGCUGUCUGAUGAGCGCUGAGCUCCAGCUGCCUGAAGUGUUUCCAUCCGCUGCGACUCUUUAUCACCGAGAGCUGCAGCUGCUGCAGAGGCAGACUCCACAGGGGGAGCUGCAGCAGGAGGAGCUGUUUGUCGCCGUGGAGAUGCUGUCAGCUGUCGCUCUCAUCAAUCAGGCCAUUGAUGCGGGACAUAUGCAACAGUUCAGCUCCUCAGUGGUCAGUUCAUCUGCAGGACUCUCUGACGUUGAACACACCUUGCUGGACAGGUACUUAGACUGCCUGGUUCGCAUGAAGCAGCAGGCGGGCAACGACCUACUGACCUGGAAUCAGCUGCAGGAGGGAAUCAAUUCUGUCAACAACUCAGUGCAGGACGAACAACAACAGCUGCUCGCCGUCAGUCGGAUUAACGAGGCUGUGAUCAGAGGAGACUCUCAGCACCUGCUGUCGGCUCUGUUGCUUCCCUCCUGUGGUGUGGAUGAGGUUUUACCUGCCAACACCUGCAGAUACCUGACCCUGCUGAUCAGAGGCUGGCAGCACAAAGCUCAGGUGAGCAGAGACCGAGCAGCUGUGCUGUGUUUGGCUGAUAUCCAGGAGGCAGUGAGGAGAGCCAAUCAGGAGAGUCAGAAAGCUCUGAAGUUGUGCCUCUCAGUAGCAGCAGUGAAUCAGGCUGUGAAGGAGAACCGAGUGAAUCAGACUCUUCGUGUUCUUGCUCUACCUGAAGUUCACCUGCAGGGACUCGUCUCUACCUGUGCUGCAGAUUAUCAGAGAGAGCUCUACAGUGUGAUGACAGACAGGAUCCGCAGAGGAGACAACCGGAGUCCGUGGGUUCGAGUUCGGCUGGAUGACGGCUCACUCUACUACUUCCACCUGAACAAACUGGAGGGCAGCUGGGAGAAACCCAGUGGCUUCAUUCACAACAGCGUGUUCCUUGACCAACACCAGAUACAGGAAGUCGUCAGCAGUGUCUCGGGCUCAUACAGUCGCAGCCUCCUGUGGCGGAGCAGCGAAGCCCUCGUCAUCCGUCUGCAGGCUGUCAGCAAAGGCUUCCUGAUCAGACGGAAGCUGGAGGCUCGUCGACGUUACCUGAUCACUCAGACACCUGCUGUUAUCAUCAUUCAGUCUCAUUGGAGAAGAUUUGUCCAGCAGCAGGCAUACAGACAUCGGCUGCAGUUUCUCUAUGUGAACUGGAGAGCUGUUGUCAAGAUCCAGUCGUUUGUGAAGAUGUGGUUGGCCAGGAGAAGAUAUCGAGCUCGGCUGAGUUUCUUCAGACGUCACGUGGGCGCUGUCAUAAAGAUCCAGGCCUUCUUUAGAGCCAACAGAGCUCGAGAGGAGUACCGAAUGCUGGUGCACUCGGCCACACCCCCCUUAUCUGUGGUCAGGAAGUUCGUUCACCUGCUCGACUUGGGCGACAGUGACAUCAGAGAGGAGGCGGAGCUGCUGCGUCAGAGGGAGGAGGUGGUGAGGAGUAUCCGCUUCAACAGACAGCUGGAGGCAGACCUGGACCUGAUGGACCUGAAGAUCGGCCUGCUGGUCCGAAACAGAGCCACGCUGCAGGAAGUGGUUUCUCACUGUAAGAAACUGACAAAGAAGAACAAGGAGCAGCUGUCAGACAUGAUGGACGUGGAGAGGAGUAAAGGACUAAAGGCUCUGAGCAGAGAGAGGAGAGAGAGACUGGAGGCCUACCAACAUCUGUUCUACCAGCUGCAGACUCAGCCUCUGUACUUGGCUCAGCUGAUCUUCUUGAUGCCCCAGAGUCGCUCCACCUCCUUCAUGGAGAUGUUGGUGUUCAGUCUGUUUAACUAUGGCUCCGACCGCCGGGAAGCCUUCCUGCUGCUGCAGCUGUUCACUGAGGCGCUACGAUAUGAGAUCAGACUGAAGGUGGAGCAGCCUCAGGACGUGGUCACAGGAAACCCCACUGUCGUCAAGAUGCUGGUGAACUUUUACCGUCACGCUCGUGGUCAGAACGCCCUGCGGGAGUCUCUGGGUCCGGCUCUGCAGGACGUCCUGCUGGACCGAACUCUCAGCAUCAGGACUGAUCCAGUGGACGUCUACAAGACCUGGAUCAACCAGUCUGAGACCCAGACCGGACAAAAGAGCUCUCUGCCAUACGAGGUUUCACCUGCAGACGCUCUGAGUCACCCUGAAGUCCAGAGACGCAUUGACAUCGCCAUCAUAAACCUGAAGAACCUGACAGACAGAGUCCUCAAAGCCAUCACCUCCAACCUGCACAAACUACCAUAUGGAUUACGUUACACAGCGAAGGUGCUCAGAGACGCUCUGAAGGCAAAGUUCCCUGAAACCAGUGAGGAUGAGGUCUACAAGAUUGUCGGGAACCUGGUCUACUAUCGCUACAUGAACCCAGCCAUCGUGGCUCCGGAUGGUUUUGACGUGGUGGACCGGUCCGCUGGCUCCACCCUACAGCCAGAGCAGCGUCACAUCCUGGGCUCCAUCGCCCGCAUGCUGCAGCAUGCCGCUGCCAACAAGCACUUCCACGGAGACGGAUACCAUGUCAGGGCUCUGAACCAGUACAUCAGCCAGACUCACAACAAGUUCAGGAAGUUCCUGAUGUGUGUUUGUGACGUCCCUGCACCAGAGGACAGAUUCAACAUGGACGAAUACUCAGAGCUGCUCAUCGUCAACAAACCUGUGAUCUACAUCUCUAUCAGCGAGCUGCUCAACACACACAAGUUGCUAUUGGAGCAGCAGGAGGUUUUGUGCCCGGACCCCUCUGACCCUCUCAGACUGCUGCUGAAGGACCUCGGCUCAGUCCCCACCCUGCAGGAACUCAUUGGAGAGUCUUCAUCAGCUGAUCCAGGGUCAGAGUCCAGUCUGUCUCAGAGCAGCAAGGUGGAAGUUUCUCUGACUCUGACCAACAAGUUUGACAUCUUCAAUGAAUCUGAUGACAAACCAGACGCCAGAGGACUAUUGCUCAGCACGAAGCAGCUGAUCAUUGAUGUCAUCAGGACUCAGUCAGGUGACUCUCUGAGUGACAUCCUGAGAGCAUCUGCGUCACGUGACCAGGAAGUGUGUCAUGAUUGGUUGAUGCAGCGCCGUGCUCGGCAGGAUGCUCGUACCCCUGAGAAGAUGAAGAGAAACCAGUCACUGGUCGCCAAUGGCAACCUGAGCUUAGAGGAGAAGAAGAGGAAGAUCCUGAGGAGUCUUCGUCGUCUGGAGGGACUGGGAGUUCUGAGACCACCUCAGACUGAAAACCAGAUCCUGCAGAUGAUUGCCAAGGACAUCCGUCAGCAGCGUCUGCACCGUCAGCGCCGGGGGGCGGAGCUUCAGAAGCUCCGUCAGACUCUCAGCUGCCUGCAGGCAAAGAGCAGCUUCCACAGCGAACAGGUGGAUUACUACAGACAUUACAUCACUUCCUGUCUGGACAACUUGACCGCCAACAGUAAACCGACCAAUAAAAAGGCAGCAGAGAGCAAAGGGAAGAAGAAACUUCAGGCUUUGAGCUACAGCGCCUCCCGGCUGCAGGAGAAAGGAGUUCUGUUAGAGAUCGAAGACCUGCCCCCGACACAGUUUAAGAAUGUUGUGUUCGACAUCGUUCCUGGACCUGAGAAAGGAACUUUCAACGUGAAAGCUCGAUUCCUCGGAGUCGAGAUGGAAGAGUUCCUUCUCAAAUACCAGGACCUGCUGCAGCUGCAGUAUGAGGGCGUGGCUGUGAUGAAGAUGUUUGACAAGGCGAAGGUCAAUGUCAACCUGCUCAUUUUCCUCCUCAACAAGAAGUUCUUCAAGAAAUAAACCGGGUGGCAUUCUUACCUUACACUCCUAUCUCUGUCGAUGUGUCUCACUACAUUAUAAUAUCCAGUUAUAUCGUACAGAGUGACGCAUCGUCUUUACACUCCUAUCUCUGUCGAUGUGUCUCACUACAUUAUAAUAUCCAGUUAUAUUGUACAGAGUGAAGCAUCGUCUUUACACUCCUAUCUCUGUCGAUGUGUCUCACUACAUUAUAAUAUCCAGUUAUAUCGUACAGAGUGAAGCAUCGUCUUUACACUCCUAUCUCUGUCAGUGUGUCUCACUACAUUAUAAUAUCCAGUUAUAUUGUACAGAGUGAAGCAUCUUCUAUCUUCUAUCUUUGUGUCUCAUCCUAAAAUUGUUUGUCUGACCUUCCAGACUUUUAAUCCCACGAAAAUUUAAAGAGUGGGACAUCAUGUCGUCACUCUUAUCUCUCAUUAUCUGUUGCAGCUGUUCUGAUACUUGACUGAACAGCUGACUCAUCAAUAACAGAUGAUCAAUAACUGUAAAUAUUUUCUGUUGUUUUCUUUCAUCUCUUUUCUAUUUGUUGACAUUUGAAGAGAAACGUUUUAAAUGUUUUAAACAUGCCGAUGAACCGUUUGUACUCCAAUAAAUAUCUGAACA